AAUCUUUUUUUAUAUAAUAUGAAUAUGAACCCAUAAGGAAAAAGUUAAAUCUUUUCCGUUAUAACUAUUUCAUUCACUGAGAUAAUACGUAGAUUUUGUGACAUUUUUCUUAGUGCCAUAAAGAAUAAAUGUCACUGAGUUUAGAAAGAUAUAGUUUUUGAAGAUGAAUUUACUUCGAAAGCUGAAUUGCCUUUUCCAUUACUAUCCCAAAAGUGCACCAUUUUCAUCUUUAAUCAGCUCCUUUACCACUCACCAGCUAACUCUCACUACCUUCCCGCCAGACUCACAAAUUGUUUUAACUACCUUAUGCUCCAAUGGUCAACUGAAAGAAGCUUUGAUAGAAAUGGCGGCUCCAGGCCUUGAAAUGAAGUUUGAAAGCUAUGAUAUGCUAUUAAAUGCUUGUAUAAAGAAAAGGGCAUUUAGAGAGGGCCAAAGGGUCCAUGCCCAUAUGAUCAAAACAAGAGAUUUAGCGCCUGUUUACCUUCGAAACAGGCUGAUCAUUUUUUACAGUAAAUGUGAUCGUUUGAGGGAGGCAAGGAAUGUGCUUGAUGAAAUGCCUGAGAAGAAUGUGGUUUCUUGGACUGCCAUGAUUUCUGCUUAUUCUCAAAGAGGGUUUGCCACUGAAGCGUUGGAUCUUUUUCUAGAGAUGUUAAGAUCAGUUACUGAACCGAAUGAAUUCACCUUUGCCACUGUACUAUCUUCUUGUACGGGGACUUUUGGUUUUGAGCUGGGAAGGCAAAUCCACUCCCUUAUAAUCAAGAGAACUCUUGACACCCAUAUAUUUGUUGGGAGCUCACUUCUUGACAUGUAUGCCAAAGCUGGUAGAAUUCAUGAAGCUAGAGAGGUUUUCGAAAGCCUGCCAGAAAGGGAUGUUGUUUCAUGCACUGCCAUAAUUUCAGGGUAUGCUCAGUUAGGGUUAGAUGCAGAGGCACUAGAAUUAUUCCGAAGAUUGAAUUUAGAAGGAAUGAGUUCAAAUUAUGUUACUUAUGCAAGUGUUCUAACUGCAUUAUCUGGGCUUGCAGCAUUAGAUCUUGGUAAGCAAGUUCACAACCAUGUACUGCGAUGUAAACUUCCCUUCUAUGUGGUACUUCAGAACUCUUUGAUCGAUAUGUACUCAAAGUGUGGGAACCUCAUUUACUCGAGAAGGAUAUUUGAUAACAUGCCUGAGAGAACUGUUAUUUCAUGGAAUGCAAUGCUUGUGGGGUACAGCAAACAUGGAAUGGGAAGAGAGGUAGUGGAGCUAUACAAAUUGAUGAGAAAUGAAAAUAAAAUAAAACCUGACAGUGUCACUCUGCUGGGUGUUUUAUCUGGUUGCAGCCAUGGAGGGAUGGAAAAUGUGGGAUUGGAAAUCUUUGAGGAAAUGGUGAAUGGGAAAGAUGGGGUCGAGCCUGACAUUGAGCACUACGGGUGCGUUGUAGAUUUGCUUGGGCGUGCUGGUAGAGUAGAAGAGGCUUUUGAAUUUAUCAAAAAGAUGCCUUUUGAACCAACUGCUGCUUUGUGGGGUUCACUUCUAGGUGCUUGUAGGGUUCACUCAAACAUCGACAUUGGUGAAUUUGUAGGGCAUCGACUGCUAGAAAUUGAGCCCGAGAAUGCAGGGAACUAUGUUAUUCUAUCAAAUUUAUAUGCUUCUACGGGGAGAUGGGAAGAUGUAAGAAUGGUGAGAGAUUUGAUGUUGAAGAAAGCUGUGAAGAAAGAGCCAGGAAAGAGUUGGAUUGAGCUUGACCAAACCCUUCAUUCCUUCCAUGCAAGUGAUCGUUCGCAUCCAAGAAGGGAAGAGGUGUUUGCAAAGAUGAAAGAGUUAUCAAUAAAAUUCAAGGAAGCCGGAUACGUUCCUGAUUUAAGUUGUGUUUUACAUGAUGUGGAUGAGGAGCAGAAGGAGAAGAUACUCCUAGGCCACAGUGAGAAAUUGGCAUUGACUUUUGGGUUGAUUUCAACCUCUGAUAGAGCCACACUCCGUGUGAUUAAAAACCUCCGGAUUUGCGUUGAUUGCCAUAACUUCGCUAAAUUUGUUUCUAAGAUUUAUAUGAGAGAAGUGUACUUGAGGGACAAGAACCGGUUCCACCAUAUUUCCAUGGGAGUUUGCUCCUGCGGAGACUACUGGUGAUGUCUGAAGUUUCAAAACAGUUUUCUACAACUGAUAGUUCACCAGAAGUAGUGUCCUUGCCUACUAAGAAACCUUGCCAAUGAAAGAGGUCAUCAUAAUCA